AUGGAUAACAAAAAGGGUCCACUCAAAGUGCUUGUCACAGGAAAGUCUACGGCGACCCCUCCGUCCACCCCAGCCAGAGCACUACUGGGGCAACGUGAACUCAUUCGUCCCACGAGCCUGCUACGAGGAAGCAAAACGCGCCACGAAGCCCUCUGCUAUGCCUACCGAGAGCAACACGGCAUCGACAUUGGCAUCGCGCGUAUCUUCAACACAUAUGGGCCGCGCAUGGGCGCGAGCGACGGCGGCGUCGUUACAAGCUUCAUCGCAUCCGCAUUGGCGUGUGAGGAUCUAAAGAUUACCGUUGACGGCACGACAACUCAUUCGUCUCAAUAUGUUACCGACUGUACGCAGGGGCUGUAUGCGCUUAUGCAGAGCGAGUAUAGCAAAGGCCCAGUGAAUAUCGGCAAUGAUGGGGAAUUAACUAUCCAGCAACUAGCCGAGCUUGUGAUCGAUCUUGUUUCGCAGGUGACUGGCCGGUAUAAGUUCUCUAUUGCGUAUCUCCCGCCGUUGGUGGAUGAUCCUACGGUGCGCAGGCCGGAUAUUACGUUGGCGAGAAAGGCGCUGCGCUGGGAGCCGGCUAUUCGGCUAGAGGAGGGAUUGCGGAGAACAAUCGAGUAG